AUGCCCACCGUAAGUGGGUCCCACCAGUCUCCGCCACCCAAGACCGCUGCCACCAUCCACCGCCUCCAGCGGCCACCCCGAUGGCCACCACCCGUCGCCACUCACUACUGCCACAAACCACAAUCAACGCCCACAACCAUCGCCGCCAUCACUGCUACUCGUUGUCAUUGCCACCCACCACAUCCGCACCACCACCGCUGUCGUCACCCAUCGCCGCCGCUACCCACCACCAUCGCCACCACCCACCACCGACGCUCACCGCUGCCGCCACCCACAACCGUCACCGCCGCCACCCGCCCGCCGCCGUUGCCACCCACCGCUGCCUUUGUUGCCACCAACCACCACCGACGCUCACCGUUGCCGCCACCCACAACCGUCACCGCCGCCACCCGCCCGCCGCCGUUGCCACCCACCGCUGCCUUUGUUGCCACCAACCACCAGCGAUAG